AUCACUUUCCUCUUGAAAUCGUGCAACAUCCAGUUACUAAAAACCAAAACACUUCCGUGAAGGGAAAAAAAUAAAAGAAAAAUAUUGUUUUAAACAUUUUCCGCGUUCCAAGAAGGGACCAAGAAUUUCUUCCGAAUUAUUUGACGUGAAAAUGCUCAGGAAAUAGCCACUGCCUUAUUGGUUGUGCAAGAAAGUUGAAUUAUGUUAUCAGUUGCCAGACUUUUGCGACCUUCAUCUUAUCACGAAGCCAUCAAAUAUGCGAGAACGUCAUUUGUCGUGCUCCAGCAGCAACAUUCGCUAUUUGCGUCGGAAUCGAGUGUCAAAAAGCCCAAUUUCCAGAUAAAAACUGCACGCGGCGUCGAAGUUAUCGAAGAUGUCACGCAACGAACAAAGCAAAAAUGGCAAACGAAGAAACAGGACAUCCAAAAGUUGAAGGUGAAAAUUUCGGAUGACAUCAAGGAAAAGAAGGAAAAGGUCAAGGAGGUGAAGGAACGUGUUGAGGAAGUAAUUGAACGCGAAAAUGUCUUGACAAUUCCGAAUUUCCUCACAGUUGGCAGGAUUUUAGUUACGCCGUAUUUGGGUUAUGUGAUUGUGCAGGGAGAUUUUCCCUUUGCGAUGGGAAUGUUAGCUGUUGCUGCUGUAACUGACCUCUUGGAUGGCUAUAUCGCUCGAAAUUGGCCCGGACAAGCUAGCAGAGCGGGUUCUUUCCUCGAUCCAAUGGCUGAUAAAAUUCUCAUUGGAUGUCUCGUUGUGUCACUUACGUACGGAGGACUUUUUCCGCUGUGGUUAACUGGACUUGUCGUGUCGCGCGAUGUCUUGUUGAUCCUCAUUGGCUUCGCAAUUCGGUAUAAAAGUCUCCCGCCGCCACGUACAAUAGCUCGCUACUUUGAUGCAACUCUCGUAACCGCCCAACUCGCUCCUACAUUCAUCAGUAAAGUUAACACAGCAAUUCAAUUGACAGCGCUCGGUGUCUCGCUCGGAGCUCCCGUAUGGAAUUACAUUGAUCAUCCGUAUCUUCAUGGAUUGUGGUAUUUUACGGGAUUUACGACGAUUGCAGCUGCCCUUAGUUACGCCUUGACGAAAAAUACUUAUAAAAUUUUGAAGAAUGGAUCGCGAUCGGCCAAGUAAUGCGCGUUUUGUUAGUUUUAUAGGAAUAAAAAAAAUGGAAGUUGUUAAAAAAUUUUACAAAAAAAUCGUUUCAACUAAAAAUUAAGAAUUUAUUUAAACACCCACGAUAUAUUUGGGCAUCUUGUACAUCUCA